AUGUAGAUAGUAAAAGCUCUCACUCAACUUGGAGCUAGAAACUUUGAGCAGCACAAAACCGUUUACCGGGGAGACAAGAAAAUUCAGCUUACUGCAAAACCGCUACUGAUUGAUAGAUACACGAAUCCUUAUCGUACGCCAGGGGAGUGCUAACCUCUUUUAACGUACACCCACUGCGCCAGAACACAGACCACUCUGCUUCUUGCUAAAACUCAAGGCCCCCCUCUCUACCUCAGAACUCAGAAGAGACCAGAAAUCCUGGAUUGUUGCUUCCUUUCAGUACUAAUCUGCUCUCUCUGUGUGUAAGCAUUCAGUUGGGUUUCAUGAAAAUGGUAUCUUUUGACUGAUAUUUUGGAGUGCAAGGACAAGGAAAACCCAUGUUGUUGUGUCUGAUUCAUGCAAGAUGGUUAGCUUGGUUUGGGUGAGGAGGAAGGGAUAAGGUUUUUUUGGAUUGUUUGUAUCUGUUAGAUUUGGGGUUCUUUGUUUGAGCACUCAAUCUACAAAAACAGCAGACAAACAAACAAAGGACAAAGAAGAAGCUAGAACCUUUAUCCAUAUUCUCGGUGCUAUUGGGUUUCCAAAGCUGGCUAACUAGCUCUCUUUCUUAUUUGGGUUGUAUUUUAUCAUUAUUCAAAUCAACGAGGCAAAUAGAGACACGGGAAGAGUGAAGAGUGAUACAAAAACAAGAAAAAGCUUAUUGGAUUUGUCUCAAAGGUAAAGUCUUUUUUGAGUUUUUCUCUUCUCGGAGUUCUUGAACAUGGCGAGUCGAUGGUGGGCUGGGAAUGUAGCGAUGAGAGGUGUGGACCCCAUGUCCUCGACCCCAUCGCUUCAUCUGAGAAACCCAGACGAAGAUAGUGGCGGAUUGAACAGUCUCGGACCCAGAAGAGAGCAAGAAUUCAUGGACAACAACAACCAUAACAGUAACACCAAUACUACUUCCACCAAUAGUAGCACAAGCAACACCACCACCCCACAAAGGCAAAACCUUGAAGAAGAAGAUAGCCGAGAGAUUGAUCAUGAAGCUGAGGACUUGAAUAAUAGUGGUGGCCAAGAACUUAUCGAGCCAGGUAGUAGUAGUGGGCGCAGGCCACGUGGCAGACCACCGGGGUCGAAGAACAAGCCAAAGCCUCCAAUAGUGAUCACAAAAGAGAGUCCCAAUGCUCUUCGAAGCCAUGUAUUGGAAAUCAGCAGUGGGAGUGAUAUUACUGAGUGCAUUGGUACUUUUGCUAAUCGAAGGCAUAGAGGGGUCUCGGUUUUGAGUGGUAGUGGCAUUGUCAAUAAUGUUACUCUUAGGCAACCAGCUGCACCUGGUGGAGUCAUUACUCUUCAUGGAAGAUUUGAGAUUUUAUCUCUAUCUGGUGCUUUCCUGCCAGCCCCGUCGCCACCCGGGGCCACGGGGCUAACUGUGUAUUUAGCUGGUGGACAAGGCCAAGUUGUUGGUGGCACCGUUGUCGGUCCAUUGGUGGCUUCAGGGCCGGUUAUGGUUAUUGCGGCGACGUUUACUAAUGCUACGUACGAGAGGUUGCCAUUAGAGGACGAGGCAGCGGUUGGGGAAGGAAUGCAAGUGCAGCAGCAACAACAACAAUCAGGAGUGAAUUCUGGGACUAAUGGGAAUCCAGCAGCAACUCAAGGUUUGGGUGAACAGGUGGCAGUUUCAAUGCCUAUGUACAAUUUACCUCCAAAUUUGCUACCAAAUGGUCAGAUGCCCCAUGAUGUUUUUUGGGGUCCUCCUCCUCGUCCACCUCCAUCUUACUGAGGGGUAGAGAGAGAGACGAAGUUCAGGGGGAUUCGUGUUAGUUUGGUUUUGCUGACUUUUUUUUGUGCAAAAUGUUUUGAACAGUUUCUUGUAAGCAAUAGCAAUUAAGCAAGGUAGGACUUUUUGUUUAUAUCUCUUGCUUGUGAACCUUAGUCUGCUGGCCAACUAGGAAUAUGAAUCUCAGUUUUCUUGUUAGUUUCGGAUUACUUGUUUCUCUCUCUAAUCAAGUUGCUUUGGAAGAUUUCAUUUUUUGAUGAUGUAGGUAAAGGAUGUAGUCAAGAAAUAAAGUUGGAGAUGCAAAUUAUGAGAGAA